CAAAGCGUGAGGUUGAACGAUCACGAUUUUCUUCUUCCAAUAUUGCCUUAUCCUUCUUCCUCUCUACCCACUGCCCAGUCUAAACUCAAAACUAACGUCUCGGUCAUCUUCAACGCCCUAAAUGUUGUUUCCAAUUUCCUGAAAAACACACCUAAAUUUCUUCUAAUGGCAGCUCUUCUUUCUUGUCAUUACUCAACUUCAGGACGUACCAUUCCUACAAUUUCAACUAAACCAGUCCAUUUCUUUAAUCAUCAUCAUCAUAUUAACAGAUCUAAACGGAUUCAUCAAUUUAGUCCUCAAUGUUCUCUCCGAAGUUCAACUUCUCGGAGUAGUUUUUCUUUAAAAGAAUGUGCAAUUUCUAUAGCAUUAGCAAUUGGCUUAGUUACUGCAGUUCCUGAUUGGACUGCUACUGCUACUCCAAUCGGUCCUGCUAUACCUAAUCUGUCUGUAUUAAUAUCUGGACCUCCAAUAAAAGACCCGGAAGCGUUGUUAAGGUACGCCUUACCGAUUGAUAAUAAAGCUAUCCGAGAAGUACAAAAGCCACUUGAAGAUAUUACGGAGAGUCUUAAGGUUUCUGGAACUAAAGCACUAGAUUCUGCAGAGAGAAAUUUGAAGCAGGCAUCGCGGGCACUCAAGCAGGGGAAAAGUUUGAUUCUCGCAGGUGUUGCCGAAUCAAAGAAAGAGCAUGGCAAGGAAAUGCUUGAUAAAUUGGAAGCUGGGAUGGAUGAAUUUGAACAGAUCAUUUUGGACAAGAGUAGGGAUAAAAUUGCACCUAAACAGAAGGAAUUGCUCUCAUACGUUGGAGGUGUGGAAGAGGAUAUGGUCGAUGGUUUCCCUUACGAAGUGCCUGAAGAAUAUAGAAACAUGCCUCUUUUGAAAGGGAGGGCAGCUGUGGAUAUGAAAGUGAAAGUCAAGGACAAUGCUAACUUGGAGGAAUGUGUAUUCCGUAUAGUGCUGGAUGGCUACAAUGCCCCGGUGACUGCUGGGAACUUUGUAGAUUUGGUUGAAAGACACUUCUACGACGGCAUGGAAAUCCAAAGAGCGGAUGGCUUUGUGGUUCAAACUGGGGAUCCUGAGGGUCCUGCAGAGGGUUUCAUUGAUCCAAGUACAGAAAAACCACGUACGAUACCAUUGGAAAUCAUGGUUGAUGGCGAAAAAACUCCUGUUUACGGUGAAACGUUAGAAGAGCUUGGUCAAUACAAAGCUCAAACAAAGCUUCCUUUCAAUGCGUUCGGAACUAUGGCUAUGGCUAGAGAAGAAUUUGAAGAUAAUUCAGGUUCAAGCCAGGUAUUUUGGCUUUUGAAAGAAAGUGAAUUGACUCCCAGUAACGCCAACAUAUUGGAUGGACGCUAUUCAGUGUUUGGAUAUGUCAUAAAGAAUGAGGAUUUGUUGGCAGAUCUAAAGGUUGGGGACGUUAUUGAAUCCAUACAAGUUGUAACGGGGCUUGAUAAUUUAGUCAAUCCAACUUACAAGAUUGCAGGUUAAAAACCUUCAUAAUUUCUGAAAAAUUAAUGAAUUGGUGUUCCCAAAGAUCCAUACUGAACCGGUGUCCUCAAAGUUUCUUGGAUGUACUGUAAUAUUUAGUCGGUUAUUCUUCUUACAACCCCAAUAAUUUUGUAAUUGAGUAUGUAUAUUUCUAAAUUUAAGUUAAAUUUGGUUCAAGUCAAUUCUUGCCAUUGUCAUAAUUUCAUGUGUUAAAGCUCGGCAGCAGUUCAGACUA